GCUGCAGGGCAUUUUCUACGGUCCCUAAAGACAGGAAAGGGGGCGGGACGAGAGUAGACUGACGGGCUUUUCAGCCAGUUAGCGGCAGAUGGGGUGCUAGGCGCCGCCUCGCGACUUCUGGUUCCGGUGCGGCGCGGAACUCGGGGAGGCUCGCCGCCAUGCCCCUGCACAAGUUCCCGGUCGGCCUGUGGAAGCAGCUCCGGCUGCGGGAGGGUAUCUGCUCCCGCUUGCCCCCGCACUACGUGCGCUCCCUGGAGGAGGCGCGGACGCCCACGCCUGUGCACUACAGGCCUCACGGGGUUAAGUUCAAGAUCAACCCCAAGAAUGGGCAGCGGGAGCGUGUGGAGGAUGUACCCAUUCCCAUUUACUACCCCCCAGAAUCCCAGCUGGGCCUCUGGGGUGGGGAGGGCUGGAUCCUGGGUCACAGAUACAUCAACAACGACAAGCUCUCAAAGAGGGUGAAGAAGGUGUGGAAGCCACAGCUGUUUCAGCGUGAGCUCUACAGUGAGAUCCUGGACACAAAAUUCACCGUCACGGUGACCCAGCGGACCCUGGACCUCAUCGACGAGGCCUACGGGUUUGACUUGUACAUCCUCAAGACUCCGAAGGAGGACCUGUGUUCCAAGUUCGGGAUGGACCUGAAGCGAGGGAUGCUGCUGCGGCUUGCCCGCCAGGACCCCCAGCUGCACCCAGACGACCCCCAGAAGAGGGCCGCCAUCUACGACAGGUACAAGGAGUUUGUCGUCCCGGAGGCAGAAGCCGAGUGGGUCGGCCUGACGUGGGAUGAGGCUGUGGAGAAGCAGAGGCUCCUGGAGGAGAAGGACCCGAAUCCUCUGUUCAAGGUCUACGUGGAGGAGCUGAUUGAGCGGCUUCAGCAGCAGGCCCUGUCUGAGCCGGUGGUAGUGCAGAAGCGAGCCAGCAGGAAAUGACUGCACGGUGACCCCUGCCCGACAGCCAUGCUUGGCCGUGCCCCAGCCCCCUUGGCACUGUGGACACAAGAGCCUGGGGUGGUGGUGAGGACCAUGUGUGGGUAGUGGAUGAACCCGUUCUUCUGUGCUGACUCAGCAGCUCCCGGGGUUGGGUGGGCUUUGUGGAGGCUCCAAGGGGUCUCGUCCCAGGGUCCCCAGAGGUCUGGGACUGUCUUGCUGCCCCUGCAGCCCCCCUCCCCCGGAAGUGGAGGCCCAGCUAAAGUGAGGUCACCACACUUUGGGGGCAGCUCAAGUAAAGUGUGAACUGGGCCGUGUGUGUGCUGCUUUGGCUGGAAAA